CACGCGCACACACACACACACUCACACGAGUCUUGUUUCUCACCAGAGACGGUUUAGUCACCCAGCAAGCCAGACAGAAGACGGUCGACCCGACGUGUGCCACCUUUUUGGAGAAGAAGUCAAAAAGCGCAGCCAUGGGGAAAGGAUGCAUCACAGUCACCAAGUACUUUCUAUUUCUCUUCAACCUCCUCUUCUUUAUCUCCGGAGCGUUGAUCAUGGGCUUUGGCCUGUGGGUCCUCUUCGAUAACCAGAGCUUCAUUGCAGUUCUACAAGAAUCGUCAGACACAGUGAAAGUGGCUUCCUACAUUCUCAUCGGAGUGGGGUCCUUGUCAAUGGCCAUGGGCUUCUUCGGCUGCCUUGGAGCGAUCUACGAAAUCCGUUGUCUGCUGGGUCUGUACUUCACCUGCCUCCUACUCAUCCUCAUCGCCCAGGUUACUGCUGGAGUUCUCAUCUACUUCCAAAGAGAUCGGUUAAAGUAUGAAAUGUCCAACAUCAUGAAGGGCAUGAUAAUCAACUACACUGGCCAGAAUAGGACCACAGAGCACACCUGGGACUACAUUCAGAAGACGAUGGAGUGCUGUGGAUGGACUGGUCCAGGCAACUGGUCUGAGAACAUUUUGAUCAAGAACAGCUCCCAGAUCCUCUACUCAUGCUCCUGUCGCAAUGCAUCCUUGCCUGGCACGGACAUCAGGGACGUGGGCCUGUGUGAGCAACUGUCCACAGAAACACCCGUCUAUGAAACGGGCUGUGUUACCAGUGUGGAGAAAUGGCUCCAGGACAACUAUGGAGUUAUUCUGGGAAUCUGUGGCAGUGUGGCAGUCAUAGAGCUCCUCGGGAUGAUCCUCUCCAUGUGUCUCUGCAAGAGUGUCGUCCAGGAAUAUUACACCAAAGUACCGAAGUACUGAGCUGAAGACAGAGCGAGCUUCACACCACACACAGAUGGAUGGACUUUUUCCCCUUCUCUCUCUCUCUCUCUCUCUCUUUCUCUCUCUCUCUCCCCAAGUCUCACACUCUCACAUUCUCAUGAACACACACACAAAUUAAGACAGCUGUCUCCACCAUUUCAGCUUCUCCUUCCUUGACAGCUGUGCAAAAUUCUCACACCUCAUAUGUCAUACAUAACACACGUACACACACACACACACACAUCCCUAUCGAGUUUUGACACACUUGUUGGACAUGUGUCCACAAGUUACCAUUCUUGUCUUAUCAUUUUGUGUUUUUUUUGAGGAGACAUUUGUGAUGUUGGUUAUAUGUUUUGGUGGAAACCUGCGAAUUGUUCAGUUUAAUACGCUGCAAAUGUUCAUUUCUGAGUUGUUUUUGUUUUCCUUGACUGACCUCAAUGAAUCGCUUCACAUAGUUAGUAGAGAGAGCACUUUAGUGACAUUUGGUGAGCUGAGAGCCGGAGCACCUUCUGCCUCUGGGGCAUGGAGAUGAGAGGGAGACGGAGGGUGUGGGCGGGUGGGUGCAUGGUGGUGGUGGACGUUCUCAAAGGAUUAAUCCCACUUUGUGAUUGUGCAGCUGGUAUUUUUGGUGCAGAGGGUGGAGGAGAGGCCCAGGGCUGAGCCGGGGCAGGGCUGCUGUGGUGGAGGUUUUGGCUUCUGUCAUCAGCUCCUUGUACCCAGAAGCCCUGAUAUUAACCUCCAUUUACACCCACCACCACCACCUCCUCCUUCCUUCCUCCCUCCAUCUGUCAUCUGUUAGCAUCUCUGUCCUCCUCUCGGGUGUGUCUGACUGGUAACCAGUAGCUUUCCAAGAUGAUUAGUUUUGCAUGAAGUAAGUGUGUGUACGUGUUGAGUGGGUAUUUUCUUUUUCAAAUUUUCAUGUCAUCAUUUUUUUUUUAUAACUGUAUAUAUGACUGGUAUGGUAUUAUGGCACUUCAGUGCUUUUUCAGUGUUUCAUAUGAGAACGCUGUCACCUACAUGCUCUUGUUUUAAGAGUCCUAUUGUUCUACGUUUCCUGACUAUUGUUUAUGAUGUACAAAAUGUGCCUGCCACAGCGCCUCGUAAGCACUAUUUUGGUCUGAAUCUGAGAAAUUUGAUCCCUUAGAGUGAAUCUGUCAUCACUCUUGAAGCUGUAUUUUCAUUUCUGUAACAUUGCAUGAGUUUGUGAACAGACAACGUAGCUUGCCGAGUUAUUUAUCAACUCAUGCUCUUUGCUAAAAAAGAAUAAUAUGUUUUUCACUAAUGUUACUUUGAGUUUCCCCAUCCCACUUCUCAUCAUCUCAGUUCCUCCACUUUAAACACGUUAUUGUUGCUGAAUUCAUGGUUAAUAUAGUAGAUAGAUUGCACUUUUUAUGUGGUUUAUAUCUUAACAUGAGUCAUUUUUCUACCACUGCAAUGACACAAGGGCAGAAAGUGUUACAAAAAGAAUUGUCAGCCUCUAUUUUAUGACCUGCCAAAUUGAAACGUUAAUUUAUCUUAAUAAUGGAUGAAGGCUUUUUAUUGUGUGUUUAAGAUAUUUUUACACUUACAAAAAAUAAAUAUUGUUUAGUAGAAUAAAUAUAGUAAGACAUGUUUAAAAAUAAGUGUUUUUUAUUAUUAUUAUUGAGGAUUAUUAAUAAACCUGAACCCAAUAGAAUCCAUCGCA